GCUCAGCGCCCGCCGGGGCGCGUGGGGCCGGCACGCCAUGGGGAACCGCAGCGCCGCGGACGCGGGCGGGCUGCUGGCGGGGCCGGGUGCGGCGGCGCUGGUGGGGGGCGUGCUGCUCAUCGGCGCGGUGCUCGCGGGGAACUCGCUCGUGUGCGUGAGCGUGGCCACCGAGCGCACCCUGCAGACGCCCACCAACUCCUUCAUCGUGAGCCUGGCGGCCGCCGACCUCCUCCUCGCCCUCCUGGUGCUGCCGCUGUUCGUCUACUCUGAGGUCCAGGGCGGCGCGUGGCUGCUGAGCCCCCGCCUGUGCGACGCUCUCAUGGCCAUGGACGUCAUGCUGUGCACCGCUUCCAUCUUCAACCUGUGCGCCAUCAGCGUGGACAGGUUCGUGGCCGUGGCUGUGCCGCUGCGCUACAACCGCCAGGGCGGGAGCCGCCGGCAGCUGCUGCUCAUCGGCGCCACGUGGCUGCUGUCCGCGGCGGUGGCGGCGCCCGUGCUGUGCGGCCUCAACGACGUGCGCGGCCGCGACCCCGCCGUGUGCCGCCUGGAGGACCGCGACUACGUGGUCUACUCGUCCGUGUGCUCCUUCUUCCUGCCCUGCCCGCUCAUGCUGCUGCUCUACUGGGCCACGUUCCGCGGCCUGCGGCGCUGGGAGGUAGCCCGUCGGGCCAAGCUGCACCGCCGUGCGCCCCGCCGGCCCAGCGGCCCCGGCCCGCCUUACCCCGCGCCCUGCCUCCCGGAGGACCCCUGCGGCCCGGACUGCGCGCCCCCCGCCCCCAGCCUUCCCCAGGACCCGUGUGGCCCCGACUGCGCGCACCCCGCCCCCGGCCUUCCACAGGACUCCUGCGGCCCCGACUGCGCGCCCCCCACCCCCAGCCUCCAUCAGGGCCCCUGUGGCCCGGACUGCGCGCCCCCCACCCCCGGCCUCCGUCAGGGCCCCUGUGGCCCGGACUGCGCGCCCCCCACCCCCGGCCUCCGUCAGGGCCCCUGUGGCCCGGACUGCGCGCCCCCCGCCCCAAGCCUUCCCGAGGAUCCGUGCGGCCCCACCUGUGCGCCCUACGACACCGUCCAGGCCACCGCGCUCCCACCGCAGACCCCGCCGCAGACCCGCAGGAAGAGGCGUGCCAAGAUCACCGGCCGGGAGCGCAAGGCCAUGAGGGUCCUGCCGGUGGUGGUCGGGGCCUUCCUGCUGUGCUGGACCCCCUUCUUCGUGGUGCACAUCACGCAGGCGCUGUGUCCCGCCUGCUCCGUGCCCCCACGGCUGGUCAGCGCCGUCACUUGGCUGGGCUACGUCAACAGCGCCCUCAACCCCGUCAUCUACACCGUCUUCAACGCCGAGUUCCGCAACGUCUUCCGCAAGGCCCUGCGUGCCUGCUGCUGAGCCGGGCACGGCCCCCAGGGACCAAGGAGAUGGGAGGGCGGUUUUGUACGUUAAUUAAACAAAUUCCUUCCCAAA